AUGACUCUGGCGUUCAAAACGGGGAAAAAAGACACAUUAUGUGAUGCUGGUAGAAACAUAGAGAAACCAAAAUCCUCAGACAGAGCAGAGCUGGAAGAGACAACAGGCCUGGUGGAGGAUGGUGAUUUUCCUCUAGGUGCCGAAGGUGGAAAGGUGGAUCCUCGAACACCGAGGAAGAGCAGUUCCUCCCGCUCUUCCCGUAAGAGUUUCCGUCGGGACUACCGACUGGAGGAGGAGGUGACAAAGUCUUGUUGGGACAAACGUGGUCGCUGGACAAACCCCUGGCCAACAUGGCGCUUUUCUUCCUCUUCUAUGCUGUUCAGAUUUCUGGUGUUGGAUAAAAAUCACAGCAGUGUGCCAACAAGCAAAGAGGUCCUGGACAGUGAAGUCCCAGUAUUGGAGCCCUACUUUGUCCCGUUGGACUUUCCUGGUGGUAUGAGGGUAACCUGGCUGGGCCACGCUACAGUUCUGGUCGAAAUGGAGGGGGUCAACAUUCUGACCGACCCCAUUUUCAGCCAGAGAGCAUCAUUUCUUCAGUUCAUGGGACCCAAACGAUACAGAGGACCCCCCUGCACAGUGGAACAGCUGCCGAGGAUAGACGCCGUCCUCAUCAGCCACUCUCAUUACGAUCAUCUGGAUGCUGGAUCUGUUGCCAGCCUUAAUGCACGCUUUGGAGGGGAGCUACGCUGGUUCGUACCCCUGGGUUUGAUGGACUGGCUGGCCAAGAUGGGCUGUGAGAACGUGAUGGAGCUGGACUGGUGGGAGGAAAACUGCGUCCCGGGUCAGUUUGUCUGCACACCCUCUCAGCACUGGAGCAAACGGACAGCAUGGGAUGAUAACAGGUCUUUAUGGAGUAGCUGGUCUGUUUUGGGUCCCAACCAUUGAUUCUUCUUUGCCGGCGACACAGGCUACUGUCCGUCCUUCCAGGAGAUCGGACGCCGCUAUUGGCCAUUCGACCUCGCAGCAAUCCCAAUUGGAGCGUACCUGCCCAGGGCUGUGAUGAAGGGACAGCAUGUGGAUCCAGAAGAGGCUGUUGAGAUUCAUCAGGACCUUCAGGCCAAACAGUCUGUAGCCGUACACUGGGGGACCUUCGCUCUCGCCUAUGAGUACUGCCUGGAGCCGCCGGUCCGUCUCAGAGAGGCCCUGGAGCAGCGGGGACUGGAACCAGAAUCCUUCUUCACUUUGCAUCACCGGGAGUCCCGGCUCAUCGCCACACAAGACAGAGAUGUCUGCAAAAACAAACAUUUCAUUUGAGCUCAGACUAAAUAAAAAUGGUUUUAUGGUGCAUACAUUAA